GGCGUCUUUAUCGUCACCUACAAGUCCAAGUUCCCUCAGACACUUUUAACAAACAGUCGGGCACAACUGGAGAUUGAACCAGCAUCGUAAAGUGCGAGAAAUAUAUGACAGGAUGGCAUCCAUUUCAACUGACCAGAAUACACAGCCGACCCCUCAACUGCUGUCAGUGGGAGAAAAGGAUAGGAAACGGCUGCUGGAGGUGUAUGUAAAGCGAAGUCUCAGCCUUAACGAUGGAUCACAAUGUCCUCUGAGACAGGAGCAAAGAUCACGCAAAUGGGUUGCCAUCAAAGAGCGCAAGACAAGAGAUCGCAAACAUUCCAGCGAUACAUCUCUGAAAUUGACUUUACAAGCCUCCAUCUCAGAUGAGGACAUUAGAUACGAGCCCCUCGCUGAACCGCAAAUGGAUAAAAAGGAGACAUCGUCUGAGAAGAAAUCCAAAAAGUGGAGAGGUAGAGGGAGUCUGCGGCGCGACGAUGGGUCUAAUGCAUCGCAAAAGUCCAACAGCAAACCCAAGAAGAAGUUUUUAAUUUUGGAUAAGGGCAAGGAGGAAGGUGGGCAAAGCAUUGAUUCUUUAUCCCCCCAAACAAGUACAGUUACUGCUGGAAAUAUGCAUUCAAAUGUGCAAGAAAAUCUGGAGACUUCUGUAACGGAAAGGAAGGACAAAGUAGGCAAGAAGACAAAGAAAUCCACUAUAUGGAAGAGUUUCUUGAGCUGGUUUUCCAAAGGAAAUGGUGAAAAGGAGCAAAAUCAUCAGAGAACCGAAGAACAGCUCCCUCUUUCCCAUCCCUCAACACCCCAAAUCUCUUGUUUGCCUUUAGCUGACCCCCCAUCAAAAGGCGAUAUCAACCUGCGCCGUUCAAAAUCGACAAAAAAGAAAUCGUUGCUCAGGAGAUCAUUAAAAUGGAGGCGAAGUGGAGAUAUGUCCACUGAAAAAUCUGUUGAGAUAGUGGAACCCACUAACUCAUACUAUGAGAAAAUGUCAGAGGAACUGGAGAAAAUUGUGCAUGAAGUGAAAGACAGUCCAGCUGAUGACAAUGGCACUCAAAUAACAGACCAGAAGGGUGGAAAUGUCUCACAAGAAGUCUCACAAGAAGAGGUUAUCAGGAAAAUCAUACAAGUUGUAAAGCAGCAAGGAGACUUAAUAAAUAUCAAGCUGAAAGAGAGCAGCACCGUAACCACUUUUCUGAAUGGAAUCACCUAUAGAUCCUUCCAGCAAGUGGCUGAUCAAUACGUGCAGUCAGAAGUUCCCAAUAAGAAAACCCAGCCGCCUGUCGUGGCACCAGAGCUGGUGAAGUUCGCCUUCACUCUGGAUUUCACAGCCAGAGUGGCUAAUCUAAAUCGCCAAGCCACGGGCCAAAUCAUGGGCUUCGGGAACCAGUAUCUCCAAGAUCAUUUCACUCACAUGAGCGAGAGCCAUCCGCAUCUCUCUGACAUUAAAGCAAAGGAUCAGAAAACACAGAACUCUGAUCAAGAAUUCAUAAGCUUGUAGAAGCAUGAGCUUCUAGUUGACCUAUAGUUUUAUGGCUUGAUUUACCUUUGAAAUGUAGCAACACAAAACAAGCCAUUUAACGAUUUUGCACAAUAACACACACCAGAAAGAACUGGGUUGGUAAUAUCAUAAAACAUUCAUGUGAAAUGUUAUGUAGUUUUACAUCAUAAAAACCCUGAAUGAAGUAAGAGAAAUCUAAAAUGUGAUUUUAUUGUUUUUUGAUGUAAUUAUGAUGUAUUUGCACAACUGCAAUUAUUGUUUUAUUUACAUAAUGCAUUUUUAUCUAUAUAUUAUAACUCAGAUUUAUAAGCUUUGCUCACUAUAUAUAUAUUUAAGAUAUGUUGUAACUGUAUAUGCAGGCAUAUGCAGAAUGUUUACUAAUAAAUAUAAAAUAUAUUGAAUAAACAUGUUUUGUCAAGUGU